AUGUCCAUUGUCUUGCCCGGUGAAAAGAUACCUGCUCAACAUGUCAAUCUUAAGCUAGGACCAGGCUUGUCGCAAACGAGCGACGCCUCCACAGCAAAUUCUCCAUCCAUAGUGUCGACUCGCGCAGGCACUGUCAAUCAUUCCUCGAAUAAAAGUAGAUGGUGGAUAGAAAGUAACUCGAGAAGAUAUAUUCCAGCGACACAAGAGCCGGUUAUUGGCGUAAUAACUCAGCGACAAGGAGAAGGAUACCGAGUCGAUAUUGCGUCUGCUCAUAACGCGAAUUUGGACGGCCUUGCUUUUGAAGGCGCGACCAAAAGAAAUAAACCGAACCUCAAAGUCGGAAACCUUGUUUACGCCAGGGUAUCCCUUGCUCACAAGGACAUGGAUCCAGAAUUAGAAUGCUUCGAUGCACAAACACACAAAGCCGAGGGAUUUGGAGAAUUAAAAAACGGCUUCCUUGUCAAAUGUAGCAUGAGGAUGUGUCGACAACUGCUUGACCCAAAUCACUUCCUCCUUCCUCUUCUUGGCGGGCUCUUCCCCUUAGAGGUUGCUAUAGGUCUCAACGGACGAGUCUGGAUAAAUUCAAAGGAGCCAAAGCAAAUAAUCGCGAUUGCAAGAGCAUUGGAGGCGACCGAUCCCGAUGGUGGUGGGCUAAAUGAACUCGGUGUGAAAGCAUUUCUCGACAAAAUUGACCACUAA